AUGGGGCCUGUUGGUAUGAUAAACUUCUUGUUUGUCCUUUGUUGCCUUUGUUUAAACUUAGUCCUUGCCAUAGACACCAUUAGAUCUUCUCAAUCCAUCAAAGACAAAGACUCUGAUUACAUAAUCUCCAAUGGUAGUACGUUCAAACUGGGAUUCUUCAGCCCAGUAAAUUCAACCAAUCGCUAUGUCGGAAUAUGGUAUAAUAAAAAUUCUGUUUCCCCUGCCCAAUGGGUAUGGGUAGCUAACAGACAAAAACCCCUCAAAGAUGCUUCUGGGGUUCUUACUAUAUUUAAGGAUGGAAAUCUUGUCGUAUUAGAUGGACAAAAAAAGAUUCUUUGGUCAUCAGAAGUCACAAACUCUGUUUUCAAUUCAAAAGCCCAGCUUUUAGAUUCAGGGAACCUUGUCUUACAAGACACUACAGGGACAAUCAUAUGGGAGAGUUUCCAAUUUCCUACUAAUACAAUGUUGCCCAAUAUGAAAAUUAGUAGUAAUGCAAGAACAGGUAAGAAAGUUCAGUGUACAUCAUGGAAAAGCCCUUCUGAUCCAUCCAUCGGAAGCUUCUUGGGUGGUGCUCAACCUCAACAUCCUCCUCAAGCAUUGGUUUGGAAAGACGGGAGCCCAUUUUGGCGCAGUGGCCCAUGGAGUGGUCGGACCUUUAGUGGAAUGCAAGAAAUGUAUCAUGUAUUUCAAAAUGGAUUUAGUUUCGUAGAGGAUCAAGACGGAACAUUUGUUUUAAGUUUCUUUUAUGUGAACAUGUAUUUGUCACAUAUUGUCCUGACUACGCAAGGAGAUAUGGAGCUAAGAUAUUGGGAUAAUGAGAAGGAAGAUUGGAAGGUCUUGUGGAAAGCUUUGAAGAGUGAGUGCCAUUUUUAUGGUAAGUGUGGUGAAUUUGGAAGCUGUUAUUCACGGAACUCACCAAUUUGCAGCUGUUUACGGGGGUUUAAGCCAAAUGACACAAAAGAAUGGAAUAGAGGAAAUUGGACUAGUGGAUGUGUGAGGAGGACACCGUUGCAGUGUGGGAGGGUGAACAGUACUGGCAGUGAAGCCGGCAAAAUGGAUGGGUUUUUGAAACUGAAGAUGAUGAAGGUGCCAGACUUUGCAGAAUGGUCAGCUGCUCUUGAAGAUGACUGCAGGCAGCAGUGUUUACAGAAUUGUUCAUGUAUAGCUUAUGCAUAUGAUAUUGGCAUAGGGUGUAUGUCAUGGACUAGAAACUUAAUUGACACAAACCAAUUGUCCAGCAGCGGAGUUGAUCUUUACAUUCGUCUUGCCUGUUUAGAACUUGAUACAGAGGGAGAUUUGAAAAAAAUUGUCACAAUCACAGUGGUAAUAGGAACAGUUUUCAUUUCAAUCUGCACUUUCGUAUUGUGGAGGUGGAUAGCUAAACAUAAAGCAAGGAAAAAGAAAGCAAAGGGAAUCUUAUUGUUGAAGAGAGGGGAAGCACAUAAAACAUUUCCAAAUGAAAACAUGCUUGGAGAAAACCUGAACCAAGUUAAAGUCCAGGAGCUGCCGCUAUUCAAUUUUGAGAAGCUGGCGAGUGCAACAAACAACUUCCAUCAAUCUAACAAGCUUGGGCAGGGUGGAUUUGGUCCUGUAUACAGGGGAAUAUUGUCAAAUGGGCAAGAAAUUGCAGUAAAAAGACUUUCCAAAACCUCUGGACAAGGGUUAGAAGAAUUUAUGAAUGAGGUGGUAGUAAUUUCUAGACUCCAACAUCGGAAUCUUGUUAGGCUCCACGGCUGCUGUGUUGAAGGAGAAGAGAGGAUGUUGAUUUAUGAAUACAUGCCAAACAAAAGUUUGGAUGCAUUUCUCUUCGAUUGGAGAAAAUGUUUCAACAUUAUUGAAGGAAUUGGUCGAGGUCUGCUCUACCUACAUAGGGAUUCUAGAUUAAGGAUUAUUCAUAGAGAUCUAAAGGCAAGUAACAUCUUGUUGGAUAAAGAGCUACAUCCAAAAAUAUCAGAUUUUGGUACGGCUCGGAUUUUUCAAGGUAAUGAAGACCAGGCGAAUACUAGAAGGGUUGUUGGAACAUAUGGCUAUAUGUCUCCUGAAUAUGCAAUAGAAGGACUAUUUUCAGAAAAAUCAGAUGUCUUCAGUUUUGGAGUGGUGUUACUAGAGAUAGUUAGUGGAAGAAAAAACACUAGCUUUUAUAAUGAUGAGCAGUCCUUGAGCCUUUUAGGACUUGCCUGGAAAUUGUGGAAUGCAGACAACAUUGUCACAUUAAUAGACCCGAUGAUAUAUGAACCCUGCUUUGAAAUGGAGAUUUUGAGGUGCAUACAAGUUGGGAUGUUAUGCGUCCAAGAAUUUGCUAAAGAUAGGCCAACUGUAUCCGUUGUUGUUUCUAUGCUUAAAAGUGAGAUUGUCAAUCUACCCCCUCCAAAGAAAUCAGCAUUCACUAAAAGGAACAUUGGCUUGGAUACAGAGUCCUCUCAACUCAGCCAAAGUAAAUGCUCUGCUAACAAUGUUACUAUUACAAUGGUUCAAGGUCGAUAG